AGUCUCUGGUCAGGUUAGAGUUAGACACACAUACACUGUUGAAAAGUGAUUUAGACAGUGUGUUGAGGACAAUGCAGGAGGUUUAAGGGCACAGAAAAGACAAAGGCACUAUCUACGCAAGGACACUGCCCAUUCAGUAGCCUAUCAGAGACACCGAAAACCAUGCACGGGCGGAUUAAAUAUCCGUAGAAUAAAGACCUGUCCCCAUUCGGAGGGUUCUGUACAGGCCGGUAGCAAACUGGUAUGCGACAGAAACGGUGACGAGAUCCAACCAACAUUGAAACCUCAGCUGCAAUUAAUAAGAUGGAGCUGCCACCUCGACCAAAACUCUUUGACUUCCAUGGAGUCUCCAUGACCAACUACGUCACCGGCAACUGGGACAAUGUACAGAACUUCCAGGCCAGACCAGAUGACAUUCUCAUCGCUACCUACCCCAAAGCAGGAACCACAUGGGUCUCCUACAUUCUAGACCUGCUGUAUUUUGUCCAGACAGCCCCUGAGCGUCAGAGACCCAUCUUUGAGAAAGUUCCUUUUCUGGAGUUGUUCAUUCCUCUUUACCGUCCAGGGGUGGAGGUGCUGGACAACUUAACCACCUCUCCUCGCCUCAUCAAGACUCACCUCCCAGUCCAGCUGCUGCCCAAGUCCUUCUGGGAGCAGAACUGCAGGAUAGUGUAUGUGGCCCGUAAUGCCAAGGACAGUGCUGUGUCUUAUUUCCACUUUGACCGCAUGAACAGGACACAGCCAGAGCCAGGAGUCUGGAACAACUUCUUACAGAGAUUCAUGGAUGGAAAGAUGGUGUUUGGUUCGUGGUACGACCAUGUGACUGGUUGGUGGGAGAAGAAACAGACUCACUCCAAAAUCCUCUACCUCUUCUAUGAGGACAUGGUUGAGGAUACGGGGAGAGAGCUGGACAGGCUGUGCUUCUACCUAGGUUUGUCUCCUUCAGCAGAGGAGAAGGAGAGGGUGAGAGAAGGAGUGCAGUUUGAUAAUAUGAAGAAGAACAGCAUGGCCAACUAUUCCACCCUCCCAAUCAUGGAUUUCAAGAUCUCUCCAUUCAUGCGAAAAGGAAAGGUUGGUGACUGGAAGAACCAUUUCACUGUAGCCCAGAGUGAACAGUUUGAUGAAGACUAUAAGAAGAAGAUGAAGAACACCACCGUAGAGUUCCGCACUGUAGUCUAGGAGUUGUGGUCAAGUUGAUUGUCUGAUUGUUUGCAGUCAGGUUGAUUGAUUGUUUAUUUGGCACAUAUGGACCUACGAUAGGCUCAGCUGGGAGAAUAGAAUGGAGAAUAGCAUUAUUAAGCAUCAAGCAUUGUUUUAUGCUGUUUCAAAAAUAUACAUACUUUGAAACUGUAACAAUUCCUAUUUGUAUACUGUAUACAGUAUGACUAAACGUAAUACAUUGAUGUUUGUUUGAUUGUAUUUAUUUUUACAGGGACAGUGCACAUUAAUCAACGUUUGAGUAAAAGUUCUGGUUUUAGCCAGCCGGCUAAUUUUCAACCGCAGUCCCUGGGCAGGUUAUUAAACACAGUUACAAUACAUACAAUCAAUGAGCAGUGAGCACACGCAGAGCAACAUAGGAAAAGCAAGACGUAGCAUACAGACAGAGCAACAUGGCACAAAAAGCAACAAGACAAAAUCCAUAAAAGCAACAAAGUGUUUCCACACCUCACAAGCUACAGGCAACAGCCAAAAUGGAAAGCGACAACACACAGCUUGUCACGGCCAUCGUUAAAGAAAGACAAAUGUGCAGCGUGGUGAGCAUACAUUUUCUUUUUCUUUUGUAAAAUGUCAUCAACAAAACAAGAAAUAACAAAAACGACCAUGAAGCUUAGUGCCACUAACUCAAGUCAACUUCGAACAAAUAACAAAUGGAAAAAGGUUACCUAAGUAUGAUUCCCAAUCAGAGACAACGAAUGACAGCUGUCCCUGAUUGAGAACCAUACCCAGCCAAAACAAAGAAAUACAAAAACAUCGAAAAUAGAACAUAGAAUGCCCACCCAAAUCACA